GGCACCCCGUCGGCAAGGCUUAUUAGCAUGCUCACCGGUUCCCGCCGUCUGCGGCUGAAAAGUGCAAAUCUUAUCAACGAAAGCCUCCUCUAUACCGACGACCCCACCGGCGUGCGUGCGUUUUUUAUUUUGCACGUACUGUAGAACCCCCGGGGCCGCUCGGAGAAAAGAAGUCUUCUAAGCAUGUUGGCAUGGAUUUUAGAUGCGAUAGCAUGCAAUGUCCUUUUCUGUUGUGUGUGUUGUGCGCACGGCAAAACUUGCCUCCGCAGGUCGACGGACAGACAUUCAUCCCGUCCUUUGUUCUAUGUAUGGAUUGCCAUCAAAUGCGCCCUUUCUCUCGUAUCGCGCUGCUCUAUCGCAUCUUUUUCCAACUGGGGUUCGCGUGUUCUUUCUUCCAUACGCUCUCCGAUGCCUUGUCUCACAAUUACUUGGUUCGACGCCAGAAUUCUAGGGACGCCUUGCUUGACCUCUUCGCGAUACUCAUGAUGGUCGUGGUGCACUGGACGCCCCUCAGAGGGCGUCGCUUGAUGACCUUGUGACUUAUGCCCCUGACUUGAGCAUUGGGGAAGCUCACGACCAGAGCACGAUAUGGAGCAAUUGACAUGCUUUGGUUCGUCACACUUGGCUUGGUGUAAUGAUAUGAUGGGAUCGCAUGAUGUUGCUCAAACUACGGUCG